AUGAUGAUACCAAGAAAAGUUCGGUUUGUUAUUCCCGAACAGCCAUACAUUGGCAAUACCCCCUCCAUGUUCUCCAUAUAUGGCAGCAAUGUUGACAGAGACAGUCCGGCAGCGGUACGCCUUCCUCUGGACAAAGAUCCCAUCGCCUGGUGGGGUGCAUAUGUACCAUUAGAGUCAUGGACUCCUCCUAAGCUGAGAAAAUCAAAGUUCAAAGGAGUAGUCGGAUUGGCGGACUAUCCACGUUUUAGAAAAUAUAACUUGGAGAAUGAAUUUCCAGCCGGCUAUGAAAACACAGAUGACCCCAUCACAAAAAGAGAUCAAGCAUACAAGCUGUGCUUCAAUGGACACUGGGACGAAAUCAGAAGCAUGCUGUCCGAUAUGUAUCUUCUGGAAAGCAUGCGGACCUCUGACAUUACGGUACACAGGGUCUCACCACCGGGAUUCACUGCCGACAACACCGGAAGAAAUGACCAGGAUCCACAGGACUGUGCAUGGGAUAAUCCUAGUUCGGAGGGGUCGCCGAAGGAUCCAUAUGCCAGCCAAUGGGGCCAUCCUGAGCCCCUUCAGUGA